UUAAAAAAUUGUGAAGAAAAGUAAAAAUAAAAACUCAAGUAAAGUAUAGGUGCCUUAGAAUUGUACAAAAAUAAGGUAAUUGGCUAGAUGGUUGCGAUUUUUAUUUUUUGUGAAUUUGCCUUUUCAGUGAUUUGUCUAACAGCCCAGUUUCCACAAUAAAAACUUUCAUUUCUCUCAGGAGGACUUUCCACUCUUCCUCCCCACUCCAGAGAAUACCACUUUGUGAACCAGACAAUGACCUGGACUGAAGCUCAGAGUUACUGCAGAGAACACUUCACUGACUUGGUCACCAUCUACAACAGCAACAUCAACCAACUGCUUUUCUCAAAGGGACCAAAGACCAAAACAUGGGCUUGGAUAGGGCUCUAUGAUGAUCGUUACAGCUGGAAGUGGUCCAUGGAGGGAAAACUUUUUUAUGUUGGCAGUAAAAAUGAAUUUUUGAUCUGGGCUAACAGCCAACCAGACUGUGUAUAUGCAAAGGAAUACUGUGUGGCUCUUCAGGGACAAACACAGAUGAAUGAUAGACCCUGUGGAGCUUCUUACCCUUUCCUGUGUUACAAUGCCAAAAACAAAAGUUACAUCUUAGUGAAUGAGAGCCGCUCCUGGUCAGCGGCUCAGUCGUACUGCAGGACAUACCACACAGACCUGACCAGUAUAAGAAGCAAAGAGGAGAAAUCCAACAUCACGCUCACUUUGAAUGGAUCAGGGGUUCAGUAUGUGUGGAUUGGUCUCUACAGGGAUCCCUGGUCCUUCUGGUCUGACAACACAACCUCCACAUUCACUAACUGGAUGUCUGGUCAG